UCAUUCCGCGCGUGUAAGAAGUUUAGUUCGUUUAGUUGGUCAAGGUUCGCUGUCAGAAGAAGGUGUGCAGCGUACAGUUUUAAGGGUUUGUGAUUGUGAUAGCAUUUGAUGAACUCCAUACUUGUGGUGUUCUGAAUUUUAAACAGCUCAAGGCUGGUCGAAAUGGUUAUUCCUCGCCUUGUACUUCUAGGAGUAUUGUGUGUGGUGGAAGGCGCCGUCCAGACAGGGUUCUACACAAUUGUGGCACCACGAGUCUUGAGGCCAAACUCUGAGUAUCAUGUAGCAAUAACAACACAGAAGACGUCACAGCCGACCACUGUGACCGUUGGAGUUGGAGGGAAUCAACAUGGAGGAGGAACGUUUCAAGCUUCCCAGACAGUGACAGUUUCACCAUAUACUACACAUAUUGUCAAGCUAGAGAUUGGUGACCUUGGGCCAGGAACCUAUAAUCUUACAGCUCGUGGUAUAAAUGGCUUGGAAUUCAUAAAUACUACAACACUUCAUUAUGUUCAUAAGAGUCACUCUGUCUUUAUUCAGACUGAUAAAGCUGUGUAUAAGCCAGGACAUAAAGUUCAAUUCCGAGCCUUAAUACUCAAUGCACAUCUGAAACCAAGUGUCACAGGAGCUUUGGAUGUAUACAUAACUGAUGGAAAAGGAAACAGAGUGAAGCAAUGGAGCCGUGCCCUAACAACAAAGGGAGUUUUCUCUGGAGAGUUCCAAUUAUCUCAGUCCCCUGUCCUCGGAGACUGGAACAUAACAGUAGUAGUGAUGGAUCAGUACUUUUACAAGACAUUUCAAGUGGCAGAAUAUGUGCUGCCUAAGUUUGAAGUUACAAUAGAUGCACCAGCGCAUGCAACCUUCAAGGAUUCCCAUCUUGUGGCGACUGUUUAUGCCAAAUACACUUAUGGUAAAGCAGUGAAGGGAGAAGCAACCGUGACAGUAUAUCCAACGUACUACUCAGGUUUACUUCAACCUAUCUUCCAGAAUCCAGUCCGCAAAGUUGUACCUAUUGAUGGAAAAGCAAACGUUGAAUUUGAUAUUACCAAGGAUCUACAGUUGGGAGAGGAAUAUGAAAGAUCAGUACAGAUUGAUGUGACUGUAGAAGAGGCUCUCACAGGCAGACGCCAGAACACCACAUUUGAGGUUAUGUUGCACAAAUACAAAUACAAGAUGGAGCUCAUAAAGACAUCAGAGUACUUUAAACCUGGACUCAAAUACACAGCGUUUGUGAAACUUACAUAUCAUGAUGGCACUCCAGUGCAAGACAUGAAUAAUCCUGUUACAGUGAGAUAUGGUUACACAUUUGACCAUAAUGCAUAUACUGAAGAGAAGCACAAAUUGUCAAAAGAUGGAAUGGUUACGUUAAAUUUUUAUCCCCCAUUGGAAAAUCAAACAGUUCUUUGGAUGGAAGCUGAAUACUUGGAUCUUAAGGAAUGGUUUUCUACUGUUAGUGCUUCUGUAUCUCCAAGCAACACCUUCCUUCAGGCUGUCGUCAAAACAGAACAUCCAACUGUGAAUCAAGAUGUUGAAUUAGAAGUAAACUCGACAGAGCCCAUGAAAUAUUUCACCUAUCAAGUGAUUGGCCGUGGGGAUGUGAUUAUGGCCAAUACUAUAAAACUAGCUGAUAAGAAGACACAUAACUUCAGGUUUCUGGCCACAUAUGUCAUGGCCCCAGUGGCUCAUGUUAUGGUCUACUAUGUGAAAGAAGAUGGUGAAGUCGUUGCAAAUGCACUUGAUAUUGAAUUAGAAGGGGCACUACAGAAUUUUGUGAACAUUACUACAAAUUCUGAGGAAACUCAGCCAGGGACAGAUGUUGAACUCACGGUUGAAGCAAAGCCCAACUCCUAUGUUGGUAUCCUGGGGGUAGAUCAAAGUGUGUUGCUACUGAAGUCAGGAAGUGAUAUCACAAAGGAUGCUGUCUUGGAAGAACUGCGUUUGUAUGAUUCAAACCUUCAAACACCAUACCACUAUGGGUUUAAUUUUAGAGGAAAUGCUUUGAAUUAUUGGUGGCCAGGUUCUGCAACUGCUAGAGAAGUCUUUGAUAGCUCUGGUGCAGUAAUAUUAACUAAUGGUUUAGUGCAUGAACAUUUUCCUUGGGGGUCUGACCAGGGCAUGGGUUUGAUAGCACAGAACCAGUACACAUUCCGACCCAUGCCAGCACCUGGUCAACUUGUGGUGAAGCCAGAUCUUGGGCCUGCGGUAAUAUACAAGCCUGUGACACGUCCUCCUCUAGCAGGCCCAUAUGCCUUCUCACGCAUCCCCACUCCUGUAUGGGACAGGCCUCACGUCUUCCUUAUGCAUGAUAUUGCUUCUACCUGGCUUUUCACCAAUCUGUCUUCAGGGUUUGAUGGAAAAGCAACAAUUCGAAAAUUUGCUCCGGACACCAUUACCUCAUGGGUUAUUUCUGGAUUCUCUGUCGACCCUUUGUUUGGCCUUGGACUUUCUGAAGCACCAAGAAAGCUUCGAGUGUUUCGACCAUUCUUUGUGUCUCUGGACCUGCCAUAUUCAGUUAUCCGCGAUGAAAUUGUUGCUAUUCCUAUUGUGGUAUUCAACUACAUGAACAAGGAUGUGGAGGCAGAUGUUACAUUGGAGAAUGAACAGCUGGAUAAUUUUGAAUUUGCUGAAGUUUCCAAUGAUGUCAAUGAACAACCUAAACUUGAGUUGUAUCGGCGAAAAAGAGUGUCUGUCAGGGCUAACAGUGGGUCUUCCGUAUCCUUCAUGAUAACACCAAAGAAGCUCGGUCAUAUCACGAUAAAAGUAACUGCUUCUAGCCCUUUGGCUGGUGAUUCUGUGGUGAAGAAACUACUUGUGAAGCCUGAAGGGGAAACCCAGUAUUACAAUAAGGCUAUAUUUGUGGACCUCAGAAAUAAGCAGCCAUUCCAAACAACUGUGACUCUAGAUGUGCCAAAGAACAUAGUUGCAGGUUCAGAUAUGGUGGAAGUUUCAGCAGUGGGUGAUAUACUUGGACCAAGCAUACCAAACCUUGCUAAUCUGAUCAGAAUGCCAUCUGGAUGUGGCGAACAAAAUAUGCUUAAUUUUGUGCCUAAUAUUGUCAUCGUUGAAUACCUGAAGAACACAAACCAACUGACUGCAGCUGUUGAAGGUACAGCACUGGGAUACAUGGAAAGAGGUUAUCAACAAGAAUUAACAUAUCGUCACUCAGAUGGAUCCUUCAGUGCCUUUGGAAGCAAGGACGACAGUGGCAGUACAUGGCUGACUGCAUUUGUCGUCAAGUCCUUCCAACAAGCAAUGCCAUAUGUUAAUAUUGAGGACAGCAUAAUCCAAGAAGCUUUACGUUGGUUGUCCAUGAAUCAGGCAGCAAAUGGAAGCUUUUCUGAGGUGGGAAAAGUGAUCCAUCAGGACAUGCAGGGUGGGGCAGCUAAGGGACUAGCUCUGACAGCGUAUACAAUGAUCGCCUUUCUUGAAAACCAGCAGUCAUCAGCUCAACUUUACCGCAAUACCAUCAACAAGGCACUAGACUACAUUGUUAGAAACUUGGAAGGGCUGGAUGACAUUUAUGCCCUUGCUGUUUCAAACUAUGCUCUUCAUCUUGCUCAACAUGCAGCAAAGGACAAAGUCUUCAAUCUGUUUGAGAGCAAAGCCCAGUCCUCUGGUGACCUGAAAUGGUGGAGGAAACCAAUUGGUGUGGAUGAUCAGAAGAAUCCUUGGUAUGGCCUGCCCAACUCUGUCGAUGUGGAAAUGACAGCAUAUGGCUUACUGACGUACCUACAACGUGGUCUUGUACAAGACGCCCUCCCAGUCAUGAAGUGGCUGAUAACACAGCGAAAUGAACAAGGAGGGUUUGCUUCAACCCAGGACACUGUGAUUGGGCUUCAAGCACUGGCCAAGCUUGCGGAGAGAGUUUCAUCUAUGUCAGUGGACAUUUCCGUGUCCUUCUUAUACCCUGGUGGCAGUCCUACCUACUUCAAGAUUAACAGAGCGAACUCCAUGAUUGUGCAAAAACAUGAGCUUCCUGGAAAGGUCAGAAAAAUUGAUAUAUCAGCAUCUGGAUCGGGUUUUGCAGUUGUUCAGGUGUCAUAUCGCUACAAUUUGAACGUGACUGGAGCUUGGCCACUGUUCACACUUGAUCCACAAGUAGAUAAGAACUCGGAUAGAAACCAUCUACAGCUAUCAAUAUGUUCUGGGUUUAUUGGGGCACAAGGAGUCAAUGAGAGCAACAUGGCUGUAAUGGAGGUCACACUGCCAUCUGGUUUCACUGUAGACUCUGAUGCUUUGCCAAGUUUACGGAUGUCUCAGAACGUGAAGCGAGUGGAAACAAAGAAUGGCGACACAGUCAUAAUGCUGUACUUUGACAAGAUGACAAGACAGGAAUACUGCCCUACAGUUUCGGCAUUUAGAACGCACAAAGUGGCCAAGCAGAAGCCAGUUCCAGUCACUAUCUAUGAUUACUACGACUCAUCUCGUCGUGCCAGAGUGUUUUACGAACCCAGAGUUGCCACACUCUGUGACAUCUGUGAAGGAGAAGACUGCAGCACAUCAUGCUCCAGCAAGCCAUAUUCUCACAGUCACGAAAACAACCCGUCAACUGCAACAAGAGUGCUGUUGAGCUCCAUGUGUGUCGUGCUCUCUGUGGUAUUUCUCCAAGGCUGGGUUUCAUAACGUGUUCGUGAUGAGAAAGUGUCAUUAGCCGAGCGCACAAAUACAUGAACCAUAAGGGUAUCCUGCAAUGAUCUGUGCAGUAAAUCUUAACAGUAUUUACUUUCGGUGUGGUAUUGAUAUUUUAACUCUAGAUCCAACCACACCUAGUCUUCAUAUUUGUUUGAUCCAGUCUAAUCUAUAACAAAAUACCAACAAUUUUUAAAUUACAUGAACCUCAAACUGGACCCAGUGGUUUGUCAUGUGGUUACAUAAACCUUUAAGGGAGUCCUCUGUAAAACUCAGAAUGUAGUAAAAAAUCACAUUCCAAUCCAGUAUCUGACGAUUUUAACAAUUUGCAAAUUCAAACAGGAGGAACACAACCUGUAGUGCAGUCAGGCAGAAACUUCUCAUGGAUCAUCCCCCACCAUGUCUACCCUUCCAUCCUGCACUCCCCCUACUCUCUGCACACUCUUCCACUUCUAUGGCCAGAUUACUCAUUCUACAGUGUUAGCUAAGGAGUGCCAGCAAUCAGGGUAGGAUGGUAGGAUGUGGGAAUGGCCCUCCCCACCUAGCAACUCUUAUCCCCACCACCCAUGAGAAUUCUUUGGCUGGCUGAACUAUAGUGGGGCAUCAUAUUACUCAAAGGGUUAAACAUCUGGCAUAGAACAGAGACAUAAAAGACCAUAAUGAAGUCUGGACAGCAAGACACAACAGAAUGAACAUUCUCCAUUAUGAAUUCAGAUGAACCAGACCUGUAAAAUUUCCUAUAAAUCUAGAAACCAUCACCAAAAACAAACUAUCGUGGGUGAAAAUUUUGCUGAAACAUCUGUGUGUAAAUAAUAGCCAGCUCCUGUGAAUCUCAAGAACCUGAUGUGCCUUGGCUAGCAUACAGGAAGAGGAAGGAGGGACAUAUAUAAAGAUAUGAAAGAGCUAAAGGAAAGAAGACAUUAUUUGUCUUGUUUUGUGGGUCAUGUGCUAGUAUUAAUGUAAUAGAAAAUACUACACUUGAGCACCAUCUUGUGCCUUCUUCAGUUAAUAGACUUAUUCAUCAUCAAUAAAAUGUGUAUGCAAUUACUGUUAAUUGUAUUCAGUGACUUAAUACAGUUUACAACCACAAAGUGAAAUUCCAUGUCUAGGUGGUAUGUUUGGACCUAGUAUGUGUCUAUAAGUCUGCAAAAUAAAAUAAAGAUGCCAGAGUUGCUGUAAUGGUUCUUUUGCAAUAUUUAGAACAUCCUUAACAGAUUUAUGUCAAAAAGAAGUACAGAAAAAUAUUACACUACAGGCAACAGUAAACUUUCUACAUAAUUUUCAAUUGUACUGUUAAAUCUUCAUGGGUUACUAUAGGCAUUGGUGUGAAAUAUUUUGACCUGUGAUAGAGAAAGUAACAUCCAGAACUAUUAAAAUCUAUUCUCUCUGUUUCGAAAAGCAUCUAUUCAUAUAUGCUGCACUGGGGCAUGUUCAGACAAACAGACCCAGGAAUGUAAUCCCAUACAAUGAGGAUACCAUGCAUUACAGCCUAUCUAAGAUAUUCUCAAAGUAUUUUUGGUCUGGAAUAAUCUGCAGUUUCUAUAGCUAGAUGGACCUGGUAUACGAGGUCAGAAGAGGUAGAUUAAUUAAUAAUAUAGAUGUUAGCGAUUUCAUUACGUUUUAUAACAAUGACAAAAUGAUAAGCCGAGAAUGUACUUUCACUUUCUCAUACAUGUAGUAUAAGCAAGUGCUGUGACAGUGGGGGAAAAAAAAACUGACCUCAAGAUUUUGAGAGUGGUUCCUUGAAUGUCUCUGAUAGAUGUUAUUCAUAUUCAAUAAGAGUUCGCCCAUUAUAGGUCAGUAUCCAGUGAAUGUGAACAUUCUAGCUCCAAAAAUAGGGACCUCAAACAUAAAACUGUGAUUUUCUUAAUGACAUCAAAAACAA